UCCCUGCUGCAGAGUGUGUUGCUCUGCCCUCUGCAUGGGUAAGACUACACGCUAGGUUAAGCACCAAAUUGGGUAACUGUCCAGCGACAGCACCUGCUGGAAAUGAUCAUCCCAAUCUGGACAGAGACUGGGACUGCUUUGAUAACAACAAACACUUUGGCCGGCAAUCGAUCCAAGACAGGACUUUUGGACUUAUAAUGACGACUGUGAAAGACAAGGCAAAAGAAUAUCCAACUGUGAAGGACCUGCAGAAGGUUCUGGAUGCUUGUAAGCUGCACCUCAACCAAAUUGAUGAAGUAUGGCCAAAUAUAUACAUAGGAAACGUGGCAGUAGCCCAAAACAAGGCUGUCCUGCUGAAUUUAGGCAUAACUCAUGUGUUAAAUGCUGCUCACUCCAAGCAAGGCAGCCCAGGGAACCAAAGCUUUUAUGGCAACGACUUUGUGUAUUUUGGCAUUCCAGCAGAUGACUCAACGCACUUUGAUCUGGACGUCUACUUCCAGCCCGCUGCGGAUUUCAUUCACAAAGCUCUGAAGUCACCUGGUGGGAAGGUUUUGGUGCACUGCAUCAUGGGAAUGAGCCGCUCGUCGACUUUGGUGCUGGCCUACCUCAUGAUCUACCAUCACCUCCCGCUCAAACAGGCCCUGCAGAAAGUGGUCCAGAAAAGGGCCAUUUAUCCCAACAGGAAUUUCCUGGCUUUGCUGCUGGAUCUAGAUCUUCAGAUGACAAGAAAAAAGAAAACCUGCCACAUACUGUAGACUUUCGUAGCCUUACUGCGUUUUAGUCAUGCGUCAAGUAUUCCAGCAGUCUGUUGAUCCAGCAGUCUGGACUGCGAGUUUUCUUCAGAAAAAAUGUUUUUGGCUCGGCAGGUCACAGAUUUUUGGAGACAUUCAGGUGACAGUAUGUUAGCAUUUAAGCUGCAAAGAGAAUCUGUGUACACAUUUGCGCUUCCAAAAAUCGUAUUCAUCAGACUAUUGUUUCCCAGACCCACGAUUAAUCUUUUGUCAUGUUAAUCAAUGACUUAAGAAUUCAGAUUCUACCAAAAAUCUAAAUAUCACUAAAUUUCACUCUCUGUAACAGACCUGCAGAGCAAUAGUACAAUAUCAGUACAGCUGUACUUCUAAGUGGAUGGGACGUUUUGUGCCUUUGUGUACUUCACCCAUUAUUCAGCAAUUUACUUCUCAAGUGGUGAAGUAUUUUCAUGAAUUAUUGAGAUAAAUGGUCCAAAAAAUAUUGGUCCAAAUGUUUGGAGGGUGAGAACACAGUUUUGUUCAACCAAAACUACAAAAGUGCAAAACAACAAACACCCAUCUUUGGAUGUUUAAGGGUUUUCUACCUCUCUUUUCUGAUUUCUUUUUAUGUUCUGUCUUGUAAUGUUGAGGUUUUUACAACUGUGUGUGCUAUUUUGUCAAAUAUGAAGUUAUUGAUGAACUUUUGAGCAGAUUUGUUUUGUUCAGUUUCAGCAACAAGUUUUGAGUUAUAUACUGCAAAAAAAUACCCACAGCGCAAUGUUGUUCUCCCCAGACAAAUCACCAUGAAAAUAUGGAAAAAAGUUAUGUUACGGUUUCUCUUGUUCCCCUGGAAACUAUAUUAGGUCAUGAGGUUUAAUCAUGACCUAAUAUGAUUAAAGUUGGAUUAUUGCAGUAAAAGAAAAAAACAAAACACUAAACCUUCAGUGAUAUCAUUGACUAUAACUAGUUUUGAUUAUUGAUAUUUCUAGGCAAGUAUUUGUCAUAAAAUAUGGACAUAAUUGUCACAAAAUACAAAAAUCAAACAUAUUGUAAAUGAUAUUGAUAUUUUCUACUUUAAUUGCAAUCACGGCAUUCAUGCUUUGAUGUCCAUUUUCCUUAAUUUAUGAACAUUUGAUGAAGAAACCGUUUGUGUUUUGAUUUUGGAUGAAAUCUAAAAAGUCCAAAUGUCUUGUUGGUUAGUGAUACAGAAGAUGAUAGCUAUUAUUUACAAGCAGUUACUCAUAUUUCAAUCAUUCUCAUAAGAGAAAAAGGACCAAAUGAAUCAUAACCAUGCUGAACAAGAAUUGUUUACUUUAGCUUCUUCAUCUCUGGAAAAGAGAGAAUAAUUCAACAACAUCUGUCCAACACAUCACAGCGUGAAUUUCCUUUGUUGUAUUUAUCAUAGCGGCUGAGUUGAUCACUGCUGUGCAUCAAAAGGCAUCAGUUCCUUUGACGGUCUCUGAACUCAUCUGUAAGAAUCUGAGUUACAAAAAAGGUAUGAACAAAAUCUCUAUAGUCACGGUUUCUAAAUGUUAUGUACUUUAUUCCUAGAAAGCACUAGCACAAUUCAACACAAAACUUGUUAAAAUUAAAUAUCAAUGCCAUUCAGAACUUGGAUAAACAGAUAUCAAAUAACAGUGAAUAAUGACAUUUUUCAUUUCAUUUUGUCAAGACAUCUCUUUCUAUACAUAUAAAAAAUUGCGAGAAAAAAAAAGAAUAAAUUCUUAAAAAAAAUAAAUACA